AUGGCUUCCCAUGCUCAUUCCCAAGGUCCCUUUGGUGAUCCAGAGAAUCCUUUUCAGGAUCCAUCCAUAACCUCGGCUCUUAAUUCCACUCAACACGACCAGACUUUUCAUCUCGAUGCCGAUUCUGGCCACAAAGACCAUCAGGAUUUCUCAGGCACAUCUUACCAGCAAUACAACGAGGCCACCGACCCUUUUUCAUCGGCUUACGAUCAGAAAACGCUGGUUUCUCCAGCAACGGAAGGUCUCGGAACCCCACGUUCAACUCCCGAUUUACAGGCAAAGGAAGAAGCACUGCGACAACGAGAACGUGAGUUAGCUGAGCGUGAACGUGCGCUGGAAGCGCGACAACAGCAGCAGUCCUCUGGAAGGGCUAUUAACAACUUUCCUCCAUGUUUCCCCUUCAUGUACCUUAAUAUUUCGGUGGAAAUUCCCUUACAGCAUCAAUGGAUCGUGUGGUGGGCUUAUCGCGAAUGGUUACUGUUUGAGGUUACACUUGUUUUGAAUUUCAUCGCAUGCCUCUGCGUUCUGUUUAAGCAUCCAGCAUCGGUCCAGAGUGCUCCCACUGAUCUCGGCGUCGCUUUAACCGAAAUGUUUACACACACGAUUGCCAGCUUUUUCUUAUGGUAUCGACCGGUCUACAAUGCUUACAUGAAAGAAAGCUCCCUGUACUAUUUCUUCUUCUUUAUCUUUAAUGGAUUUCACAUCCUCUAUACUUUCUACAAGCUUGUUGGUAUUCCGUCCACGGGUGGAGCGGGACUCAUCCUAUUGGUGGCCUUGUUCUCCGACGGUUAUAUCCUUCCAGGGAUUUUGACUCUGUUGGCGACAAUUGGCUGGUUCGUGAUGGGAUUGUUGGCCAUUUAUGUCUACAAAAAGACAUACGACCACUACAAGGAAGCUGGUCACACCUUUAAAGAAGCGAAAACCGACGCACUCGUACAUAUGGGUAAAUCAGACACCGUACGUCAAGCAGCUUGGAAUAGCACCUUCAAUAGAUCGUAG